UGGCUUUUUUUAAUUCAAUUCAACUUUUUCGUCGAGAAAUAUCCAUCAAAAGAUAUUUCCUUGGAAUCUCCGGCCUCUCCCGAGUUCAUUUGGCACUGGACUCUUUGUUUCUCUUUUCUCUCUCUUUUUUUUUAAUCCCUUGAAAAUCCAUUAAAAAGUUUUGAGUUUCGGGUUGUUCUUGGCUUCUCAAGCUCCAAAGCCCAGGAUAAAAAAAAAUGUUGCUUUCUAAAGGAAGAACCCCCUUUUGCUCCCCAAAUAGGCACUGCUCUCAAUGGGCAUGGACCUACUUGAAGUAUUGCUUGUGCACUGCAAAGGAUGGUGUCGCAUUAUCCCUUGGAUUGGUCAGUGUAUUUAGUUGGGGUGUAGCUGAAGUUCCACAGAUCAUAACAAAUUUCAAAGAGAAAUCCACUGAGGGCCUCUCGAUUGCGUUUCUGAUGACAUGGAUUGUUGGAGACCUUUUCAAUCUUAUGGGCUGUUGGUUGGAGCCAGAAACUUUGCCAACACAGUUCUAUAUGGCCGUGUUGUAUACGUUUACGACAGUGGUUCUGACAGGACAAACUGUAUAUUAUGGUCACAUUUACCCUCAGAUGAAAGCUAACAGAAUUAGUCUACUCCAUAAGAGCCAGAAACUGGAGGAUGCAUUAGCAAAAGAGAAGCUAUUAUACAAAAUUGACGAGAAAGAAGAUAAAACUAAUGAUGAUCAAGCCAAUGGAUCUGACCACGUAAAUGAAGUUUGUCAUGUUGCUAGCUCACCAAUUUCGGUCUCUUCACUAUAUUACACGUCGGCGCGUUCUUUAUCAAAGAGUCCAGUACCUAUAACUGGAACCUGGUCAGCACACACACGAGAUUCUGGAAGAACACCUUCUAUUCUCACUCAUGAUCAGAACUCACCAAGAGAGCCUCUACUUGGUAGACUCGGUCCUGCACAAUCUGCACCGGCUUUGACAACUAAAAAUAUGCUUUGUGUGGUUUCUUCAUCAGUUUUUCUCCUUUGUACUUAUCACUUUCAUAUAUCCACAAGUCACACUUUCGAUAAAUCGCCUCCUGGCAUGAUCAUAAUGGUGGGCCGCAAACUUUUACAGUCCCAGGCUGAUGGCUCCUCAGUAGGCCAUGGUGGUGUAGGAAGCGAAAUUGGAACCAUUCUUGGCUGGGCAAUGGCAGCUAUUUAUAUGGGAGGGCGGCUUCCGCAAAUCUGCUUAAAUAUUAGAAGAGGCAAUGUGGAGGGCCUCAGUCCUCUUAUGUUUAUAUUUGCGCUGAUUGGAAAUGCCACAUAUGUUGGGAGUAUACUUGUGAAUAGUGUGGAUUGGUCAAAAAUCAGGCCUAACAUGCCAUGGUUAGUCGAUGCAGGAGGAUGUGUUCUUCUGGAUUCCUUUAUACUCGUUCAGUUUGUGUAUUUUAGCUAUUGGAGAAGUGAGAAUGCAGGAAACAGAUGUGAUUCUUGAUUUCUGCACGAGGCUAUUCAAUAAACUUCAGUGAACAUACUCAGGAGAAUCAUCCCCAUCGCACGAUCAAUAAUCAACUGACUCGCUGUGAAAAUUCACGUUGAAGAAGGGCAUCAUUCGACAUCGCGGCUUUCUUUUUCUCUUUUUGAAGGGAAGAGUUGAGAAAGGAUUUUGUUGAUUUUAUACAUGAUAUUGAAGAGUUUUUGUGAAACUUUUUGUACUGGAGUAGUGUUUUUUUUCUUUUCUGGUGUUGUGGGUUUGUGCUUAUGUAUAAGCAACGAAACUUUUCUGUCUCGAAUAAAUUGUGAGGAAUGGAACAAAGGGGAUUAAGUUAUUCAGUGAACACGCCCUUAUUCUA